GACGGGCUCUCCGGCGGCCCUGGCCGAGGGAGAGGAGUUGCAUGUGUCCCUUCAGCUGGCGGUAGCGGCGGGAGCGGAGGCGGUGGGGGCUGUGCGAUCGCCUGGGUUUGUGAAAUGGCUGCUGACAUUUCUGAAUCCAGUGGAGGUGAUUGCAAAGGAGACCUGAGGAACAGUGCCAAAUUAGAUGCCGAUUAUCCGCUUCGAGUUCUUUAUUGUGGAGUCUGUUCAUUACCAACAGAGUACUGUGAAUAUAUGCCUGAUGUUGCUAAAUGUAGACAAUGGUUAGAGAAGAAUUUUCCAAAUGAGUUUGCAAAACUUACUGUAGAAAAUUCACCCAAACAAGAAGCUGGAAUUAGUGACGGUCAAGGAACAGCAGGGGAAGAAGAGGAAAAGAAAAAACAAAAGAGAGGUGGAAGGGGUCAAAUAAAACAAAAAAAGAAGACUGUACCACAAAAGGUUACUAUAGCCAAAAUUCCCAGAGCAAAGAAGAAAUACGUAACAAGAGUUUGUGGUCUUGCAACUUUUGAAAUUGAUCUUAAAGAAGCACAAAGAUUUUUUGCCCAGAAAUUCUCUUGUGGUGCCUCGGUAACAGGGGAGGAUGAAAUCAUCAUUCAGGGAGACUUUACAGAUGACAUCAUUGAUGUCAUUCAGGAAAAAUGGCCAGAGGUGGAUGAUGACAGCAUUGAAGAUCUUGGAGAAGUGAAGAAGUGAUUUUAAAAAUUUGUCUGUAUUCAGCGAUCUGAACAGAGAGUUGAUAUGGCCAAAGGGAGAGAGGCCUUUGAAAAUAUAUAUAUAUUUAUCCUACAGUAAAACUGUAGACUGCCCUUGUCCUUGGUAUUUUCACUGUUCUGUAUAAGGCUGCUUGUUUUUUUAUUGCCAAAGUCUAAUAAACAGGGAGGACUGUCAUGCUCAUAUGCAUGAGAUAGAACUUAGUGAAAUAAAAAAUUUUGAUCAUUUGGUACUGACUUUUCUCUUUCUCUCUUUUUAACUUUUUAUUUUUGGAAAGACACUGUAAACUUUUUGUGGGAAACAGUUCUGUUGAUAAUUUUACUGAUCUAAAGCUGAGUGAUUUUUUAAAACAGAAUUUGAAUUUGGCUUCCUCACCCAUAAUAUGACUCCUUGCUUCUUUUGUGUGAUAAUAUUGAGAUGGGUGAAAAUCUAAUAGAUUUGUGGUUGAAUUUACUUCAUUAUUACCAACAAAGACCACUUUGUGGGCACAAUAACAUACUGUUGGUGGGAGUCCUUCAAGCUAUUCUGGAAAUUAUUUGGUAAAGUAUAUUAAAAGCCUUAAAACCACGUGCACUAUUAGACCCAGUAAGCCACUUCUUUGACAUUAUACUAAACUAAUAAUCAGUUUUGCAUAAAACUGUGGAUGAGGGUGUUCAUCCCAAUGUUAUUCAUAAUAUCAAAAAAUUGCAAGUAAUAUAAAUGAACAGUUGAGAAAUGAUUAAAGAAGUGAUGGUGCAUCAUGUGGUAGAAUAUUAUGCAUAUAUUUAAAAAUCAUAUUUUCCAAGGAAACUUGGAAACAUGUUUGGUAAUGGUAAGUGGGGGCAAACUCCUAAUCCAUUUUAGAUGUUCAUUAUUAUCAUUGUUCUGAGUGGAAGGUUGUUCAGAGACACUGGGAGUUGUUCUGGCUAUAAAUUAUGUGAGUAAAAUUCUACUAACCAAUUAAAAAUAAUAUGCACCUUACUGCACUGUACCAGCCAGCCACCAAAAAACCCAAAAAACAAAAAAUAUGCACCUUGCUCAAUAUAUAGUCUGUGAGUUAGCAACUGAAACAUAUCUUUCUCACAAGAGAAAGAGUGACAAUUUUAAUGAAUACAUUAGAUAAAUUUAGACUUUGUUUUAAGUCAGGUGCUGCAAAUUGAAAAGAAGCUUGUAUUUUAAAUUGCUAUAGACACCUUUAAGAAACUUAGAACUCAUGAAACCAUUGUUUAUUGCCUUGAAAAUUACAAUCAAAUGAAUGUUUUUAAAAGAUAAUUAAAAGUCUUAGAAAAAUAUGUAAUAAAAAUGUAGAUUUAAAAAGAUUCUGUAUUAAGUGUGAAUUUUACUAAAUAAGAUUACCUAGUGAAGCAAAUUUAUCCAUCAAGACCAUUUGGUUUGUGUUAAUGUAUGUAUUUUGUUGGUGCUGGAAGAUGUCCAUGUAUUAACACAUGUGACUUCAUGUAAACAUUCUUAAUGUUCACAGUUGUUGGCAAAUGCAGUUUCAGUCCAUAUAUAGCCGGCAAUGGAUGUUACUGCAGGAAAAUGCAGAAUUAAAAUCGUCUUUGCAUAUAA